UUGCAAAUGUUUCAAAAGAGAAAAGCGCGAUUCAAAUUUCGAAUGAGUUUUGCUUAUUGCAGGUAAUAUACAUUACUAUAAAAUAUUAUAUUACUCCCAUUUGAACAUAACUGUUAUGUUUUAAUGAAAACUGUAAAAUUACAUUCACUAAAGCUAAUUUUUAAACGGUAAAUAUUCAGUGGGACUGUUAUGCCUAGAAACUUGCCAUGCAGCAUGAAAUUCUAUGCAUAUCAGUCCCACUACGUCAUGUUCUUUUUUGUGUUGCUUUGAUGACAACGUUGCGUUUGACGUUAUGCUCGUAUUAAAGUCUUGUAACGAGGUGGAAUCGUGCGUACAGAUAUUAUCGGCAAAACUUUGGAAGUUUUUUAAUAAUUCGUGCCGUGAUCAUUCGAAACCGGAGAUGUGUGCAUUGGCUUUUCUACAAGCAUCGUAUGCAAGUGACGAUAGUGAUGUGGAAACGGAAGGUGGUGGUUUUUUCGGGUUCGAUCUGGAUGGUGCAACUGGAGAGCAGUUCAGUACCAACAAAGAUGAACUGAAACAGUUUUUUGAUAAGAUUCCUGGUGAUUUGACGAAAUCUACCGUGGAAAAUACUGGGGAAGCUGCGCAAGACUCUGAUGACUUUUUCAAUUCACCGAAUCGAAAAAAAACUAAUAAAAGGACUAAAAAAGAAAUUUUACGCGAAGAUGCUGCGAAGAGGCGCAGGUUGGCGCACAAUGCUAUCCUGCAGAACUGUGAUUGCCGGAAACAGUGCAUCAACCUUUUGUCUCGAGAUGACAGGAUGAGUAUUCACGAGUCGUUCUGGAACCUAAGAGAAGUGGAUCAGAGCAACUUUAUUCAAAAGUACGUACAUCCCGCUAUUGCAGAAAAGCGACGCAAAUGCCGUACUCCCGCGAACGAAUUGCGUAAAACCCAAUCGUACAAAUGCACCCUUCCUUCGGCCAGUGAUGACCCGAUUGCAGUUUGUCGAAAGUUUUUCCUGAAUACGCUCGGGUACGAAGAACACUGUGGUAAUAUUAUCUAUCGACGCAUCAACAGGUCCAAAAAUAGCGAACCUUGCCGUACAAUACGGGGAAAGUAUACCAGGAACUCGAAUAUACGUGAUUCUAUUAUAGCUCACAUCUUGAGUUACGGGCCAACGAUUUCACAUUACCGUCGAGAGCACGCUCCUAACAGACGCUAUCUUCCAUCAGAUUUAUCGCAAAGGGCAAUGCACAAGCAUUACCAAGAUACGCAUACUAGCCAAGUUAGCUAUUCACUCUACUCGCGAGUCCUUAACGAAAUGAAUAUAUCUUUCGUUAAGUUGGGUCACGAAGAGUGCGAAGUUUGUGUCAGCAUGGAGCAGCACAAAAAGGUCAAUGUCAACAAUUCUGAAUGUACCGACGAUUGUAUCCUCUGUUCUGACUACAGUAAGCACCUAGAACACGCUAAGCAAGCACGGAUCGAAUAUCGCAUGAAUGGAGAUACAGUCACCGCAGGCCAAUUGGUAAUGGCAGUUGACCUCCAGAAGGUAAUACAAUUGCCUCGCUUGGACGGGCUAAAAACGAUUGUUUUUUCCCAACGAAUUUUGGCUUUUAACCAGACAUUUGCACCUGUCGGGGCAUUUGCACGAACAUUUCCAGUUGUUGCCUGCAUCUGGCCAGAAUCUGUCAGCGGUCGUAGCAGUUCUGACAUUAACAGUUGCUUCCAUAAAUUCAUUCUUAACUAUGGCCAUCUCGAGAAGUUAACGUUCUGGUUAGAUAACUGUUCUGCGCAGAAUAAAAAUUGGAUUUUUUUUUCUUCAUCUUAUUCUGCUCAUUAACAAGAUGAAUGUUAAUGUUAAGGAGAUUGUACUCAAAUAUUUUGAGUCUGGCCAUACAUUCAUGGCAGCUGACAGUUUUCAUGCUGCGGUCGAAGGUUCAAUGCGACAUGGUCGUGUAGUGGACUUCGAUGAUUUCAAGAAAGCCGUUGGAAGCGCCAAAAAAAAAGUUGAAGUUCUGGACAUGAAGGAAACGGAUUUCUUCAAAACGGAGCUGACUGUUACUCAAUAUACGCUGAAUCAACUACAUCCGCGGCCGUUUAUUGAGGACAUUCGUAUGAUGAAAUUCACCAAAAAUCGAUAUGAAGUUGGAUAUUCGGAUUCCGUGAACGGCACUCAGCUGACCUACUGCAACCUUUUAUCAAAGAAACAACAAAAAAUUGUUGCAGCUGAUAGCUUUUUGCUGGAUGAGUACCUGAAGUGGCAGAAAGCUCCUCGAGGAAUACAAGAACAACGCAAGAAAUCCUUGUUGUCCGUGCUACUUCCGGUUGUUGCAGAAGACAAGCAGUCUUUUUUUAAAAAUAUGCCAACGAUGAAAGAUUCCGAUGCAUAGUAACUUUGAAUCGUUUGACUACCAAAUAUGUUGAUUUUUAUCGUUAUUGUUUGUUAUUAUCGUUUAUUGUUAAA